CUUGUUCUGACCUGGCACAUGAACCACCACCAUCAGUCAUCCUUUUUCAACUUGCAAUACACAUUUUGAAAGCAGCAAUGGUCUUCCACAAGUGCAACUGCCGCAUUGGUCCUUCCGUGCUCGCGUCGGACAUGUCCUGCCUCGCCUCCGAGACCCAGCGCGUGGUUGAUGCUGGCGCUGACUAUGUCCACCUUGAUGUCAUGGACGGUCACUUUGUGCCAAACAUCACGAUGGGCGCGCCAGUCAUCAAGUGCCUCCGCAAGCACUCCAAGGCCUUCUUUGAUCUCCACAUGAUGGUCUCAAAGCCGGAACAGUGGGUCGACGAUAUGGCUGAUGCUGGUGGUGAUCAAUUCACCUUCCACCUCGAGUCGACAGCCGACCCUAUGGCUCUCAUCCGUCAAAUCCGUGCCAAGAACAUGAAGGUCGGUGUUGCCAUCAAGCCCAACACCCCUGCCGAGAGCGUCGAGUACCUCGUCCCGCACGUCGACAUGGUGCUCGUCAUGACUGUCGAGCCCGGCUUUGGUGGCCAAAAGUUCAUGGCUCACAUGAUGCCCAAGGUCGAGCACCUCCGCACCAAGUUCCCCGAGAUGGACAUUGAGGUGGACGGCGGUGUCGGCGUCGGUGCAACCAUUGAUGCUUGCGCAAAGGCCGGAGCGAACAUGAUUGUUGCUGGCAGCUCUGUCUACAAUGCUGCCGAUCCAGCUGCUGUCAUUCGGCAAUUGCGAGAGAGCGUCGAGCGCUAUGGCAACGGCAAGGAGCCAACCGCAUGACGAUGUGUUUGAUUGGUCUUUGUUUGUUGCAAUACAGUACAAGAUGGUGUUAUUGAUGAAUCUAUUCUGUACUUUGACUGCGAUCUUCAAUUGACCGUUUCAGUCAAUGGCUCA